AUGAAAUAUUUUAGGGAUCUCCUCUCAAUACUUGAAGGGAAACAGACUGGCAUGGCGCUAAAUGAGGCUCUGAGUGAAGCUCGAGUCACCCAACGUCGUGGAGUGGUUUCUGCUGCCGCUGAACUCUGGCCUACGGGGUUUAUUCGCAUCUUUUCACCUGAGAUAAAAGCAAUCGGACGUUGUGUUUGUUUGGCAGGCCAUGAAGAUAUGGCAGCAUUGGUGAGAAGAGCUGCACAAGAGGGUACGCCACGCCUGAUGACAGAUACAUGGGAACCAAUACCACCGUGUGAAAUCCGUACCGAACAGCACAUGCUUACAUAUUUAGCAGCAUUUUUGGGACAUUUUGGGCCACAACAUACAAUUAUCGAUAUCCCUCUAAGACUACUGUUAAAGUCACUGUCUGGAAAUUGGCCUACAACUGGACCUGCAUUAGCUGAAUGGGCAACAAAGUAG